GUCUGCCUGCUCAUAACUGCGGAGGUUCAAUAUCUAAUCAAAUUCUUCUUCUCUUGAUCUCAAGUUAAACUAUUCCUUGUCUACUCUCCAUACUAAAAUGAGUAGUUUCCGUGAUUUUAUUAGCAGUCAAAUGCCAACCAUGCUCUAUUGCUUCAUUUGCUUUCUUGCAAUCUCAACAAUGGCUUCAGGGUCAACUGCAUCCCUUAAAGUGGGAUUUUAUAGCUCAACUUGCCCGUCUGCAGAAGCAAUUGUGAGAAAAGCUGUAACAAAAGCUAUAUCUCAAAAUCCUGGCAUAGGUGCAGGCCUCAUCAGGAUGCAUUUUCAUGACUGCUUUGUCAGGGGUUGUGAUGCUUCUGUGCUACUUGAUUCAACUCCAGGAAACGACGCAGAGAAGUCACAUCCAGCUAACAACCCAAGUCUGCGAGGCUUCGAGGUGAUCGACAUGGCUAAGGCCCAUAUAGAAGCUGUCUGCCCACAGACUGUCUCAUGUGCAGACAUCAUCGCCUUUGCCGCUCGUGAUAGUGCAUACAAGCUGGGAGGAAUCAACUAUGCUGUGCCUGCGGGACGUAGAGAUGGUCUUAUCUCCCGUAGUGCCGAUAUUCGGGCAAACCUUCCACCUCCUUCCUUCACUGCAAAGCAACUCGAGGAUCGCUUUGCCGGAAAAGGGUUGUCUUUGGAGGAGAUGGUUACCCUCUCUGGAGCGCAUUCAAUCGGAGUCUCACACUGCUCGUCCUUCCUGAACCGUCUGUACAAUUUCAAUGCCACUCACCCACAAGAUCCAUCGAUGGAUCCCGACUAUGCAGCCUUCCUGAAAACCAGGUGCCCUCCAACAUCAACGGCGGGAUCCAGUCUAGACCCGACGGUGCCGCUGGAUGUUCUUACACCCAAUAGGUUGGACAACAAAUACUAUAAGAACUUGAAGAAUCACCAUGGGCUGUUAACAUCUGACUGGACACUGAUGAGCAGUCACUCGACGGCAUGGAUGGUGAGGAACAAUGCCAAGCAUCCUUCAGCUUGGGCCUCCAAGUUUGCAGCGGCGAUGGUGCACAUGGGUUAUAUUGACGUUCUCACUGGUACUCAAGGAGAGAUCAGGAAGAGCUGCAGCGUUGUGAACUAGGCCUUUCAGCCUUCUUCGUACUUUACAUUACCAAAAUGAGAAGCUUUUUGUAUUCUGCCUUGGUGUUUCCAUUCAAAGUGUCUGGCAUUCUUCCUAUAUUCUGUAAUUGAUUAGUUCUUUCAACUAAUAAUUUCAAAUGGUUUAUGUAACUUCA